AUGGCUUCCUCCACCAAGCGCACCCUCGCCAUCAUCCUCGGCGCUGGCCCCGGUACGGGCGCAGCUCUGGCCAAAGCCUUUGCCAAGACGCACGGGGCCGUCGCUUUGCUCGCUCGGAACCAGGACAAGCUCGCGAGCCUCGUGGCCGAGGUCGAGCAGGCCGGCGGCGAGGCGUCACCUUUCACCUGCGACGUUACUCAGCCGGCGUCGGUCGACGAGGCGUUCAAAAACAUCAAGCACAAGUUCCCCGAGCACAGCGUGACGGCCGCCAUCUUCAACGCCAACUCGCCGCUCAACCCGGGCCCGUUCCUCGAGCUCAAGGAGGACGACCUGCGCCCCAACGUCGAGCUCAACCUGUACGGCGCCUUCCGCUUCUCGCAGAAAGUCCUGGCUCUGCUGCUCGAGGCCGGCGGCGGCUUCUACGGCAUCUCGGGAGCGACUGCUUCGGUCAAGGGCUCGGCCAAGUUUGCGGCCUUUGCGCCGAGCAAGGGCGCCCUGCGCCUCUUCAGUCAGUCUCUCGCUCGCGAGUUCGGCCCGCAAGGCGUGCAUGUCGCGCACGUCGUCGUCGACGGCAUCAUCGACACGGAGCGGACGCGUGGAUGGGUCGGCGAGCCCGAGGACGCAGACUCGCGCAUCGACGCCGCCGACCUCGCUCAGGCGUUCGUCUACCUCUCGCAGCAGCCCAAGAACUGCUGGACUCACGAGAUGGACGUGCGCCCGGCGGCCGAGAUCUUCUGAGCGACGUCGCCCUUCCUUUUCCUCUCUCUCCCUACGAGCUGUAAAGUCAGUGCCCCUUCAAAGCG